AUGGGAGAGGGGGNCGAUGAUCGAGACUCUUCUCAACUCUCGAAUCGACACCUCAGGGUUCGAGUCCGAAGACGGGUUGUUGGUGGUGACCCCUCCCCGCCAGUCACUCACUCAACUUCAGAAGCUCGCACACUCCGCCUGCGCUGCCGGCCGGUGACCAAAGGAGACCCGCCGCGGCCUGCCGUUCUCUCAGGCAAAAAAGGUGGCGGAGAAACGGUCCCCGUACGCGGAGGACGUAUAUGUACGUUGGUUACGCAAAAUGAACCAACAGGUUGCGAUCGAGUUGUCGUUUGUCGUGGAGAGAGAGCAUACCAAACGGGCAACGCGGAAACGAGGAAAACGGGCGGGCAGUUGACGCCCUUUUGA